CUGGGGAGGACGGCGGCGGCGGCGGUGGUUGUUAGCGUUACUGUUGCCAAAGCAUUUGGAUAAGGUAACUAAGAUGGGAACAGCGCAGUCUGAGUUUAAAAAGUCUGUGAAACUGCAUUUACUGCUGGUGUUUCAUCAUGCGGCGGGUGGAGCACGUUCCAGGGGCUUUCCAGGCCCCAGUGGACGUCCAUGCCAGUGCGGAUGGCCAGGUUUACAUGUUCAAGAGGAGGCAGAAUGAGUCUACUGUAUCCUCAGAUGAUGAGGAGCUCAGUGUCAUGGAGAUGAGGCCACGGGUUUACCAAGAGCAGGAGCAGAGCAGCCUGAGGAACGUCCAGCUGCUGGAGCGGGAGGUGUUCGAUGGAGACAGUCUCAACAAGCUUGCACUGCAAUAUGGCUGCAAGGUGGCAGAUAUAAAGCGAGUGAACAACCUUAUGCAUGAACAAGAUUUAUUUGCGCUGAAAUCCAUCAAAAUACCCGUUCAGAAACACAGCUUCUUAACCGAGACUUACACAGACUUAAGUGACCCUCAAGAAGAAAUGCCACAUUCAUCUACCACACCAGUGAAGCCUCAGGACAGAGCCAGAGCCCAGCCACAUCUGCAGGAGGUCACAGACUUUCUAAUGGAGGUGGACCAGGAUAUCGAGAAACUGAUUCAGACCACGAAUGAUCAAGAUGAGGAUUUCUUGGAUAACUCGGAGAAACGCCAUAGGUUUGGUUUCAGAGGACAGCGCCUGACCAGUCACGGUGCAGACUGGGGCAUCCAGUGGUGGAACGCUGUAGUUGCUAUGCUCCUGAUUGGCAUCGUCCUGCCGUUAUUUUAUGUCAUUUAUUUCAAAACAAAAGAUAACGGAGUAGUUUCACCAACAGACAGUACUGGUGCCAUACAGUCCUCCACCAUUUCAAACAUCUCAGGGACAGGCCUUGGUACAUUAUCAAUAAACAGGAUAGUGCAUUCUUGAGUCCCAUGAAACCGUAAUCAUUAUUUAAGACUGUUGGGUUAGAUGAUCCUAGAAAAAGUAGGUGACAGUCAAGAUAAAGCUUAAAUCUCCUAUCGUUUUUACUCUGUGCAAUACCACCACAUGUCUGUUUUAUACUAUAACUGUGAUGCUUGAGGCAGAAACUUCACUGAUUAUCCUGAAGUGAAGCUAAAUAGCUGCACCCUGUUCUAACAAUUUAGGACACCAACAUAUCUUCGAAGAGCUUACUUGGAAUACAGUUCGCUGAAAUAUUAUUUUUGAAUACUGUUGAUUCUUUGUUUUGAAAUUUUUUUGAUGUUUGUUGAAAUUACAGUUCCUCAGGUACUUUACUAAAUUUGAGGUAUUAAAGGGCCAGUGUGUAGGAUUUGGUGGCAUCUUGUGGUUAAGUUUCAGAUUGCCGCCAACUGAACACCGCUGGUGUCUGUGUUGGGCAGGGAAUCUGUAGCUAAAAUGGCUUCUAAGGUAACACAAACAUAACAAUUUCUAUAUUCAGGUGAUUAUACACUAAUGAAAACAUACCGGUAAAUAUUAUAUUCCAUUUCUGCCAAUAGAUCCUCCUAAAUGUUACACACUGUACCUUUAAAUGGUUAUGCAAACAUCUGCUUUGUAGGCAUUUCUAUUUUUUAAUUUAUUUGAAUAGCACUAAAUCAUAACAGAAGUUAUCUCAGGACACCUUUCAUAUAGAGCAGGUCUAGACCUGUGGCAAGAAAAAACUUCUUUAAGAGGCAGAAACCUUGAGCCGACCCAGCUCCAGGUAGCUUUACCACAACCUGCCUUUCCGUCAGUGCCUGUUUUAGUAUCGACACAUCAGGUGUUGUCACGUCAGUGUUAGGGCUGCACAAUUAAUCAAAAUACAUCUGGCCGAGUGCAAUAUCUAAAUGGCAGAAGCUGCAAUUGUUUGAUAAAGGUAAAAUGAAGAGAAAUCCUGGCCUACGAAUCUUGUUUUCCAGAUUUAAGAAAACAUGGUUGUUUGUUACAGUCCUCAACAAAUGUCUCAUCAUCAUGAUGGUUUUUUUUGUAAAAAAUGAAAAGAGUUAUGCAAAAAUUAUCAUCCCCACUAAUUGGGGAUCAUAUCGCAGUUGCAAUAUCUGUCAAAAAUAAUCGCAAUAUGAUUGUUUUAUCAUAUUUGUCCCAAUACACUAAUGUAUUUUUUAACUUUUGCCUUAAAAUGCUAAAAUGGGAGAUGCAUUGUCUCCACCUGUCGCCAGAACCGUGUGAGGCAAUCUGUAUUUGACAUGGGUUUGAGCAUUAUUUGUGUGCCUUGUUUGAUGUAAGUUAUUUUUUGUAUCUGUGUUUUCAUUGUUAAGUUAUUGCCAUGCACCUCAUGUCUUCACUCUAGGUCUGAAUACAGUGCCAAAGGUGUAAAUUGUGUUUACGGUAAGAAUCGGGUGCAAUAUACAUUAUCUUGUCAGGUUGUGUGUGUUCUUUUGACACCAGGCAAUCUUUAAAAAUCAUUUUGAGAAAAAAAAGGAUUCAUCAUAAUAAUGAAAUAGUCUGAAGUGUGAGAUAUAGGAAUGUGCCUUAAACCUUAAAUAUCAGAUUUAUGUAGUAUUGCACACUCAUCUUACAUAAUUAGAUGGGUAGUUGAGUCCACUUGUAAAAGGUGGUGAAUUUGUGUGGCUUGACCAAUGCACUUUUUAAAGUCUGAAGUAUUGUCAUUUAAUGAAACUGGAAACGUUGUUUUGUUGACAUAUUUUUCAAACUUUGAAGUCAAUUUGUAAACUAUUUUAGAUGGACAGUUUGACACGAUGGAUGUUAAAGAAUGUUUUUCUUCAGCAUGUUCCUAUUUGAAUACAAGAUUUAUAGUGUGAAA